AUGACUUUAUCGAGAGAUACAGCUUUGACAGAUCUGUCGCAGAAUCUCAUCUACAUGAGACCAGAAGCGUUUGGAUGGCUAGGCGCCUCGCUGGAUUCUCUCAAUGUUAAGUUCACUGUCCAAGAGGAAAACAUCGAAGAUGAGCCGCUGUUCGUUAUCAGGCUGGCACGGACUUCCAGCCCACCAAAAUUGACGGUGAAUGCGAACUUGGAACUCCAACAAGUUGCCUUGAAACUUGAUUUCUUGAGCACACUGCUCGAGGAAGGUGAGACUGAAUUGGAAGCAAAUGGGUCAGCACAGGUCGGAAAAGGGGUGAAGACCCCUCUAGAUGGAGCCAAGAGGCGCUUAGAGGCGGUGGAAGGGCAGUUGAUCAAGCUGAACAAGCACGAGCGAUUGCAUGGUCCUGGAAACUGGCUCGAGACUAUCAUCAAAACACAGCUCGAUGCAGGCAAGUUCAGCCUCGGAUCGAAGAAUAUCUCUGACUCUGGAUCUGCCUCCCAGGGCUCAUCGAAAGCCGCCGAUCGCGGGCAAGACAAUAAUUCACAGACACCGCUAGCGUGGGCCAUGACAAAUGGCCACGAGGCCGCAGUGAAGCUCCUACUUGAGAAAGCCGGCAACCUCGAGACCAAGGACGAGAACGGCGACACGUUGCUCAUCAGUGCCGCAAGCAGCGGACACGAGGCCACAGUCAGGCUUCUCCACAGCCAAGGCGCCAACGCCGAGGCGAGAGACAAAGACAGCCAGACCGCGCUUCUAGUUGCCACACGCAGCGGGCACAAGGAGGUCAUGAACAUAUUGCUUGAGAGAGGUGCCGAACUCGAGACGACGGAUGAGAACGGCGACACACCACUGAUAUGCGCAGCACGUAACGGGGACGAGGACGUCGCGAAGAUCCUGCUCAAACACGGAGCAAAUCCUGAGGCGAAGGACCGGAAGGGCAGCACGCCACUGUUGUGUGCUGCGAACAAUGGACACGACGCUAUAGUAAAGACGCUUCUUGACAUGGGCAUGGACGUCGAAAUGAGAGAUAAGGAGGGAAGCACACCGCUCAUCUGGGCUGCGUACAAUGGGUAUGAGACCGUCGUAAAGCUACUGCUGGCGCACGGUGCGGAUAUUGAGGCGAAGAAUAAGUACGGCAACACACCGCUGCUGCAAUCUGCAUGCAAAGGGCAUGAGGCGGUGACAAGGCUCCUGCUGAACUCAGGUGCUGAUGUCAAGGCGAGAAAUGGAAGUGGCAACACUCCGCUCCUCUUGGCCGCUGGGAAUGGACAUCAGGCUGUCAUACGGCUGCUCAUCGAGAAAAGAGCAAGUGUCAAUGUCAAGAAUAAGUAUGGCGACACGCCACUGUCAUUGGCUUCCAAUGGGCACUAUGCUGUGGUGAAGCAGCUGCGCGACAAUGGAGCAAAGUCGGGAUUGUUGGGCCGCAUCUUGCGAUGA